AUGAACUGCAGCAAGAAUCCCGACUUGGUCCUCUCAGGGCUGUCCAGUGACUCAGAGAAAAGACGGCUGCUCUUCGGUGUCUUCCUUGCCCUCUACUCACUGAGCCUCCUAGGGAACUUGCUCCUGCUCCUGGCCAUUGGUGCUGACACCCGCCUCCACAUUCCCAUGUACUUCUUCCUCAGCCAGCUCUCCCUGGUAGAUCUCUGCUUCACCACCACCACAGCCCUCAAAAUGCUGGCGGCUUCGUGGACCGGCAAUGGAUCAAUCUCUUUCUCUGAAUGUCUGGCCCAACUAUAUUUCUUUGCAGUUUUUGCUGAUAUGGACAACCUACUUUUGACGGCCAUGGCUAUCGACCGCUAUGCUGCCAUCUGCCGUCCUCUGCGCUAUCCACUCCUAAUGACUCCCUGCAGAUGUGGACUGCUGGUGGCUGGGUCAUGGGGAGUGGCCCACGCUGUCUCUCUUGUCCACGCCCUGUUGCUAUCCCAACUAUCAUUCUAUACGAAUCAAGACAUUCCCCACUUUUUCUGUGAUUUUGGCCCACUCUUUCAACUUUCUUGCUCUGAUACCCACCUCAAUGAGGACAUGAUGAUGGUCCUGACAGGACUUUUAGGAAUAAGCCCUCUCCUCUGCACAAUAAGUUCUUAUGCCCAUAUUUUCCUUGCUGUAGCUAGGGUCCCAUCAGCACAGGGUAAAAAGAAAGCCCUGGCUACAUGCAGCUCCCACCUCUCCAUGGUCAUCGUCUUAUACAGCACAGUCUUUGCCACCUACCUGAGGCCCCCAUCAACUUCUCGCUCCUCUGGGGAGCUGGUUGCUGCUGCCAUGUAUACCCUGGUAACUGCCACUCUCAACCCUUUUAUUUAUAGUCUGAGAAAUAAGGAUGUGAAGGCUUCACUGAGAAGGGUUCUGGGCAUACAGAGUUUAAGGGGUUAA